UUAUAUUUUGCAUCUUUCUCUUCAGGGCUGGACCCUGCAUAUCCAGGAUUCUAUCAACUAGAUGCAGAACAUCUCGAGAGAAACGAUGCAAGAUUCGUCGACGUCAUCCACACCGAUGGUGGAGUUUAUGGGGUCUUACAGUCAACAGGAACUGCAGACUUUUUUGCAAAUGGAGGAAAAAGGCCCCAACCAGGAUGCGCUCUGAUAGGAAUUCCACUGAGCCCAAUAUCUUUGUGCAGUCAUUGGAGAUCUUGGAGGUUAUACUCCGAGACCGUAAAGAACUCCCGUGCCUUCCUGGCAGAAGAAUGCUCCUCCUAUGCCAUUUUUGCCUUAGGCUUGUGUCGGAACAACAAACACGUUUAUUUCGGCUAUUCGUCACCUACGAACAUAUCUGGCAAAUUCUAUUUCGACACGUAUGCAGAACCUCCAUUUAAACAAAGAAUGCUGACAACAUUGGAUUGGCCAUAAGUGAAUAUUCUGGAUGGAAUUAUUAUCUCCCAGUAUUAAAACAGAAUCAAGAAUAGACAGAUAUAUUGUUGCACGAGUAUGCACGUGGGCGGAGUAGUCACUGAUAACAAAUUCUUAAGCUAGUACAAUAUGUAAUUAAUUGUUUAAAGAAAGGAUGAUCAUGUGUACCUUAACUAAAGUAUUAGCAGCACC